AAAAAAGCAGGAGUCCUAGAAGUGUUGGAGGCAUGGACUACAGUUAAUGGGAGACACUUGGACGAAUGGAAACAAACAUCCUCUGGAUUACACAAAGAGGAAUGCGGAUAAUCAAGUCAUCUUGCAAAGGAGUUCAUGUUCUAAUCAUGAUGCCUGUCUAUUCUUUUAGAUGGAUGGGGUUUUGUAGUUUACUUUAAUCCUGUUCUUUGUGUCCAUCUAGAUGGCGAGGAAGUUUAGUGUGUUGGAAGUCCUUCUGAUCAUCUUCGUCCUAAUUGUAGUGGCCGUGGAUGUCCUGUUGUUGCUUCUCGUGGUGAAUCCUUCAGAUACUUCAUUUAUUCCGGAGUGCCCAGAAAUCCCCGAAUCAGAAAGGAUAGACUGUGCUCCUGGCCAGGAGGUGACAGAGGAUGUCUGCAGAUGGCAAUAUAAGUGCUGCUGGAAGCCGGUGCCAGACACUGCUGUCCCCAGAUGCUUCUUCCCCAGGAACUGGGGCUAUGAACUCAGCCGUUGGGUUAACAAUACCAGCCCAGUGCUUACUGCCCAGUUGAAUAGGUUGCCGUCCCCAUCUCUGUUUGGAUAUGAUGUAAUCAACACCAUCUUCACAGCUGAGUAUCAGACAUCCAAUCGUUUUCAUUUUAAGAUCACUGAUUUCAAUAACAUACGCUAUCAAGUCCCCCAUGAAAACGUUCAGCAGUUUGAUGGGACUGCUAAUACCUCCAACCUGAACUACCACAUGGAAGUCAUUAAUAAGCCCUUCAGCAUCAAAAUAAUGAGGACGAGCAACAAAAGAGUCUUGUUGGACACGGGCAUCGGGCCCCUCCAGUUCGCCCAGCAGUACCUGCAGCUGUCUUUCCGACUGCCCAGCGCCAACGUGUACGGGCUGGGAGAGCACGUGCACCAGGAGUACCGCCACAGCAUGGCCUGGAAGACCUGGCCCAUCUUCACCCGCGAUGCCACCCCUACCGAGGGCAUGAUUAAUCUGUAUGGAGCUCAUACCUUCUUCUUGUGCCUUGAAGACACCAGCGGCAACUCUUUCGGGGUUUUUCUGCUGAACAGUAAUGCCAUGGAGGUCACCCUUCAGCCGGCUCCUGCGAUCACUUACCGCACCAUUGGGGGCAUUCUUGACUUCUACGUGUUCCUGGGAAAUACUCCUGAACAAGUGGUUCAGGAAUACCUGGAGCUUGUUGGACGACCAUUCUUGCCUCCCUACUGGAGUCUUGGGUUCCAGCUUAGUCGCAGGAAUUAUGGUGGCAUCGACGGAUUGAAAAAAGUUGUAGACCGAAAUCGUGCAGCUGAGAUUCCAUAUGAUGUCCAGUACUCUGACAUAGACUACAUGGAUGGAAAGAAGGACUUCACCAUUGAUGAAGCGGCUUUCCCUCAUCUCUCAGAUUUUGCCGAAGAGUUACAUAAAUAUGGACUGAAAUAUGUAAUUAUUAUGAAUCCUGGCAUCUUAAAUAACUCUGACUACCAGCCUUAUAUGAAGGGAAGAGAAAAGAAAGUGUGGAUCUUAGGGAACAAAGGCGCUGUUGUUGGGCAGGGUUAUCCUGGAUGGACAGUCUUUCCUGAUUUUAGUAACCCAGAUUGUACUGAGUGGUGGGGAGAGCAGCUCAGUGAAUUUCAUAAAAUUCUGGAGUUUGAUGGCGUGUGGAUUGACAUGGAUGAAGUAUCAAGCUUUGUCCAAAGUUCUGAUCAUGAGUGUGAAAAGAACAACUUGAACUUUCCUCCUUUCACGCCUCGAGUCCUGGACCGCUCGCUUUUUGCAAGAACUCUCUGCAUGGACACAGAGUUUCACUGGGGCCUCCACUAUGAUGUGCACAGCCUGUAUGGCUACUCCAUGGCCAGAGGCACAGACUCGGCCAUGGAGAAAAUCUUCCCCAGUAAAAGAAGCUUCAUCUUGUCCCGUUCUACUUUCGCUGGAUCUGGCCAAUUUGCUGGUCAUUGGUUGGGGGACAAUGCGGCCACAUGGAAUGAUCUCCGAUGGUCCAUCCCUGGUAUCCUUGAGUUCAGCCUCUUCGGCAUUCCCAUGGUAGGUGCCAACAUCUGCGGUUAUGCAGAAAAUGUCACAGAGGAACUCUGCAGAAGGUGGAUGCAGCUUGGAGCAUUUUACCCACUAUCAAGAAAUCACAAUGGGCCUGGGUUCAGGGACCAGGAUCCUGCUGCCUUUAGUGAAAGCAACUCGACGCUGCUGGAUUCCUCCAGGCACUACCUGGGCAUCCGCUACACCCUGCUGCCCUACCUCUACACCCUCUUCUACCGAGCUCACACCCAGGGGGAGACCGUGGCAAGGCCCCUCGUCCACGAGUUCUACCAGGACCCAGCCACGUGGGAGGUGCACGAGCAGUUUCUGUGGGGGCCUGGACUCCUCAUCACGCCUGUGUUAUACGAAGGUACGGGGCCGGUGAAAGCGUACAUACCAGACGCCACCUGGUACGACUAUGAGACAAGAGAAGCCGUCCAGUGGAGGAAACAAUUUGUGGAGAUGCUACUGCCAGAUGAUAGGAUAGGACUUCACCUGCGAGGGGGCUACAUCUUUCCCACCCAGCAGCCAAACACAACCACAGAGGUCAGUCGGAAGAAUUCCCUGGGACUCAUUAUUGCCUUGGACUAUAAAAGAGAAGCCAAGGGAGAGUUGUACUGGGAUGACGGUGUAUCUAAAGAUGCUGUAACUAAAAAGAAUUAUACUCUGUAUGAUUUUUCUGUCACCUCUAACCGUCUACAGGCAAAGAUUAUAAAUGAUAUUUAUAUGGACCCCAACAACCUGAAAUUUACAGAUAUUAUAAUCUUGGGAAUGGACAAGCAACCUACUGACUUUAUCGUCUUCCAUAAUAAUGCCGCCACCUCCAUUUCAAAUGUUGUCUACAAUAAUUCAACAAAGGUGGUGAGCAUCACCGAUCUUGAGGGACUGGUACUAGGACAAGAAUUCUCCAUUGAGUGGAAGCUUCCUGUUAGUGACCUGGAGAAGUUCAACUGCUACCCUGAGGAGCCCGCUGUCUCUGAGGAGAGGUGCAGGCAACGGGGGUGCCUUUGGGAGCCCACAACUGUCCCUGGCGUGCCCACCUGUUACUAUGACACCAUCCCUAAUUAUGCUGCCAGUAACAUUCAGUACCUGCCUACGGGCAUCACCACAGACCUUUCCUUCCUAACGGCUCCUGAAUCAGCACGCAUCUAUGAUCCCAAUAAUAAAAGGUACGAGGUCCCCGUGCCUCUGAACACCCCACCCUCUCCAGUCGGCUCCCCUGAAAACUGUCUGUAUGAUGUCAGCAUUCAGAGCAAUCCUUUCGGGAUCCAGAUUCGACGAAAAAGCUCUGGCACUGUGGUCUGGGACUCCCAGCUCCCCGGCUUCACCUUCAACGACAUGUUCCUUUCCAUCUCCACGCGCCUCCCCUCUGAGAACAUCUAUGGCUUUGGGGAAACCGAACACACAACUUUCAGGAGAAACAUCAGCUGGAACAUGUGGGGGAUGUUUGCUCGAGAUGAGCCACCAGCGUACAAGAAGAAUUCCUACGGUGUCCACCCCUACUACAUGGCACUGGAGGCGGACGGCAGUGCCCACGGAGUGCUCCUGCUGAACAGCAAUGCCAUGGAUGUGGCAUUCCAGCCCACUCCUGCCCUGACAUACCGCACCACAGGAGGAAUUUUGGACUUCUAUAUGUUUUUAGGGCCAACUCCUGAACUUGUAACUCAGCAAUACACUGAGUUGAUUGGUCGGCCAGCAAUGAUUCCGUACUGGGCCUUGGGAUUCCAGCUGAGUCGCUAUGGAUACCAGAACGAUGCCGAAAUCUCCAGUUUGUAUGAUGCCAUGGUGGCAGCUCAGAUUCCCUACGACGUCCAGCAUGUAGACAUCGAUUACAUGCACCGGAAGCUGGACUUCACCCUCAGCUCCAGCUUUCAAAAUCUCGGCCUCCUGAUUGAACAAAUGAAGAAAAAUGGCAUGAGAUUUAUUCUCAUUCUGGACCCAGCCAUUUCUGGCAACGAGACCCAGUACCUCCCAUUCACCAGGGGGCAGGAGAACAACGUGUUCAUCAAAUGGCCAGACAACAGUGACAUUGUCUGGGGAAAGGUUUGGCCAGAUCUGCCCAAUGUGAAUGUGAGUGGAUCCCUUGACCAAGAAACUCAAGUUAAGCUGUACAGAGCCCACGUGGCUUUUCCUGACUUCUUGCGGAACAGCACGGCUGCGUGGUGGAAGAAGGAGAUAGGGGAGCUCUACGUGAACCCCCGAGAGCCGGAGAAGAGCUUGAAGUUUGAUGGACUGUGGCUUGAUAUGAACGAACCAUCAAACUUUGUGAAUGGCUCUGUCAGCGGCUGCAGGGAUGAGACUCUCAAUAACCCUCCCUAUAUGCCACAUUUGGAGUCCAGGGACGGGGGCCUGAACAGCAAGACCCUGUGCAUGGAGAGCCAGCAGAUCCUGCCUGACGGCUCCCCGGUGCGGCACUACGACGUGCACAGCCUGUACGGCUGGGCCCAGACCAGACCCACGUACGAAGCUGUGCAGGAGGUGACAGGACAGCGAGGGAUCGUCAUCACUCGCUCCACGUUCCCCUCUUCUGGCCGCUGGGGAGGACACUGGCUGGGAGACAACACGGCUGCGUGGGACCAGCUGAGGAAAUCUAUCAUCGGCAUGAUGGAGUUCAGUCUCUUUGGAAUACCUUAUACAGGAGCAAACAUUUGCGGCUUCUUUGGAGAGGCUGAAUAUGAGAUGUGUGUUCGCUGGAUGCAGCUGGGGGCGUUUUAUCCAUUCUCCAGGAACCACAACACGUUCGGGACAAGGAGACAAGAUCCUGUGGCCUGGAACUCAACCUUUGAGAUGUUCUCAAGAAAAGCCCUCCGGACCAGAUACACCCUGCUGCCUUACCUCUAUACUCUGAUGCAUAAGGCUCACGUUGAGGGCGCCACCGUAGUCCAACCCCUUCUCCAUGAGUUUACAAAGGACGACACAACAUGGGAUAUAGACCGUCAGUUCAUGCUGGGUCCUGCCAUCUUAAUCAGCCCUGUGCUGGAAAGUAACACUUUUCAGAUCCAUGCUUAUUUUCCCAGAGCCCGUUGGUAUGACUAUAGCACGGAAUCUGGCAGUGAAUCGACAGGUGAGUGGAAAAUCCUGGAGGCUCCCCUUGACCAUAUCAACCUGCAUAUCCGAGGAGGCUACAUUCUGCCUUGGCAGGAGCCUGCAACGAACACUCAGUCCAGUCGACAACAGUUUAUGGGAUUGAUUGUCGCUUUGGACACCAAUGGGAGAGCUGAAGGUCAGCUGUUCUGGGAUGAUGGACAAAGCAUUGACACCUAUGAAAAUGGAAACUACUUCUUGGCAAACUUUACAGCAGCUCAGAAUGUAUUGCAAAUCCAGACCAUACACAAUAAGUAUUUGAGUGACUCUAAUCCACUGAAAGUUGGAAAUAUUAGUAUCUGGGGCGUAAAUUCUACGUAUGUAACACAAGUCACUUGUACCUAUGACAACCAGCAAUUCAUGGUGAUGGAUUUCAAGAGUGACCCUUAUAAUCAGACACUAACUGUUCAAUUGACAGACAAGAUUAUCAGCCUGGAAAAAUUAACGGAGGUUACUUGGAUUCAUGGUGGUCCUACAGUUUCUACCACACCUAUGACAAGUACCUUGCCAAUGACUUCUUCUCAUCCAUCUACAUCUACUACGAAGGCUACUACUUCCGAGACUAUUACCACCGGUGCUGCUACAUCCAGUACCACGACUGCCAGCACUAGCGCCACUCUUCCUGUCACCACCACGUUUUACCCAACAAGUGCUACUCAAGCUACAACUGCUACUACCAUUUAUAACUUCUCUACAAGUACCACUGAAUUCACAGCUGCUGCUACCAUUUAUACCACUAUGCCUUCCUCUACAAAUACUACUACUGGCGGCCCUAAUGUUACCCUUCCUGCCACAACCGUGCCUUUCUCAACAAAUGCCACUGAAAUUACAACUGGUACUACCAUUUAUAAUACCACUACACCUUCCCCUACAAAUGCUACUUCUGAUAGCACUAAUGUGUCUCUUCCUGUCACAACCAUGCCUUUCCUGACAAGUGCUACUGAAUUUACAACUGAUGCUACUAUUCCUAAUGCCACUACACCUUCCCCUACAAAUACUACUGCUGCCUAACACUAAUGUUACACUUCUAUCACAGUCAAUUCUUUUCUAACAAGUUCUUUUAUAUUUGCAACUAGUCCUACUGUUCCUAGUAGCAGUACACCUUCCCCUAUAAUUAAAAAAAGUUUGCUUUAAGUAUUACAAAUAUUACCUUAUAUGUUUUAAAUACCUCCAUUCCUGAUAGAACAACAACGGAUGCUUCUGCUAUUGCAUCUUCUUACACUACAAAUGUCAUAAAUGCUUCUCUAGUUCCAGAAUUACUACUCAAGGCAGCAUAAUUCCUACAGACAUCUCUUUAAAACAAAUAUUGCAGAUAGAAGAUAAUCAAUUAACCGAUAUGUGGCUUAUUGCUACUGAAGUUUUCACAAAUAUUAGCACUAGCUUUUACUAAUAUGGCUACUCCAAAUGCUGUAGACAUUGCAGAGAUAUCUAAAGAUGUAUUCAUUACUAACUGCGUAAGUGUAAUUUAAGAAGUUGUGAAUACUUCUUUUGCAGCCAGAAUAGGUAAUACUAUUUAAAAAAUUAUAACUCCUAUACCCCAGCAAUUAAACAAUAGAUAUUUUAUAUAUCUUUGCUACAGACUCCACAGAUGAUUUUUCUAUCCCAGAUAAAAUCACAUUAGAUGUAGUUAUUGAAAUAACCCAACUUGUUCUUUGGUUAGAGGAGGUAAUGUCGUAAUGAGAACACUGAUAGUAGCUGGCACUCAAAUGACCACCAUGGUAGCAGCUAUUAAUAUUAUAGUAGAUUAUUUCAUUAUUAAUGCUGAAAGUCACACUUUAUUCUCCUAUGGAUUUUCCCUAUACCAUGACUACCAAUAUGGUAAUUUGCCAUUCUACGUCCUGAAACUAUUGUUGCUUCUAAAGAGAGCCUAGCUGUAACUACAGAUAUGGAAAAUGCUGCCAUUGGAGAUCAUGUAUAUACUUUGACUCCUGGAACUGAGAUAAUUAGAAAUACUACGUUACUUUUGCUAUCAUAGAAAACAAGAAUAGAAUUAUAGAUGUUAAAAACAUAACUCCCAAAGUUUGCAACCAUUAUUUUCACAGGUACUAUUGAUAAUCUUACUACAGAUUUGGUAUUUCUAUUUAUAAACACUAAACGUACUUAAU